AUGAAAACGUUCAACUGGAAAGAUAUAAUGAAACGAAGCAUCUUCAUGUUGAAAAUUCUGGGUUUGUGGCCCCCUGGUGACACGUACAAGUUCGAUUUCUACUCAGCGUACUCUUUCGUGUCUAUAGCAGCUUUCACAUGUGGCCACAACUUUUUUCAAAUCAUUAACAUAUGUUUCAUUUUUCCGGAUCUGGAAGUAAUAGCAGCCACUAUUUUUGUAACACUACCAGAACUGUUGGUCAUAAUGAAAACGUACUACGUCAUCCAGAACAUGCAACUUCUUAAACAACUGAUGGUGGAUAUUAACCAAGAGCAUUUUGAGCCCAGAAGCCUAUCACAAGUGGAGAUGAUCCAACCCAGUUUAAGUUUUUUGAGAAAAAUAAGCACGGUCCUUUGGAGUAUGAGUGCUGGGGCUGUUUUCUUCUCAGCUACGUACCCAAUUUUAGAUGGGUCGGUGAAAGAACAUCGACUUCCGCGUCCGGCUUGGUACCCCUACGAUGCCACGGUUUCGCCACUUUACCAAAUCACCUACGUUUAUCAGAUUUUCAGUUUUACUUUUAUUGCUGCUACGGCUCUGACGACUGAUACGUUGAUAGCGAUUUUGAAUUUGUUUGUUGGAGCGCAAUGUGAUAUUCUGUGUGACGAUUUGAAGGAUAUUUUUAGGGAAGAUCACUUGAAUUUUGGCAGAAACAAAUUUUUGAGUUGCAUUAGACACCACAAGGAGAUUUUAAGGUUUGCUGACAGUAGUAAUAUAUUUUUUAACAGGAUUGUGUUUGUUCAGUUUUUUAUUAGUACGUCUUCUAUUGGAAUAACUAUGUUUCAACUGACAGUUACGGAACCUCUCACUAGCGAAUUUUUCUUGCUAGUGAGCUUCAACAUUGCUAUAGUAGUGGAGAUUUUCAUCUACUGUUGGUUUGGUAACGAAGUUGAAUUAAAAAGCAGCGCAAUUCCAACCGCAAUUUUUCAUUCCAACUGGUUAAAAGCUCACAUGAUAAUUAAAAAAGAUUUGAGGUUCUUCUUGAUGAGAUGUCAAAGACCGAUUAAAGUAUCAGCACUCAAUUUGUUUUAUCUCUCGCUGGAAACUUUUGUUAAAAUUUUACGUGGAUCUUGGUCGUAUUUUGCCCUAUUGAAUCAAGCUACUUUUCAGAAGUAA